GGAAGCAGAAAUGAUUGUUCGCUUGGAACACUCACUAAGAAGUUUGUGUCGUUGGUGCAAGAUGCCCCGGACGGCAUCAUUGAUCUCAACACUGCCGCUGGAAAGCUCCUCGUCCAGAAACGAAGAAUCUACGACAUCACGAAUGUCUUGGAGGGGAUCGGUUUGAUAGAGAAGAAGUCUAAGAACAACAUCCAAUGGAAAGGGUACGGGGAUGGCACUGAUCAUGAGGGAGUUGAAGAUCUGCAAGAAAAGCUGCGAAUGCUGGAAGCCCGCUCGAAGGAGCUUGAUUCGUACAUGGAUAUUCUUAAUCGAGAGUUCGUCAUACAGCAGAAUGAUGCGAACUUUCGAUCUCGGGCGUACGUGACUGAUGAGGACAUUCGCAACAUCCCUGCUUUCAAGGAUCAGACAGUAAUCGCGAUCAAGGCGCCUAGCGGGACGACCAUCGCCGUCCCAUAUCCAGAGCAUCUUCCUGAGCGAGAUCGACAGAAGUAUCAGAUCUACUUGCAGUCAAAGGAUGGGCCUUUGGACAUCUAUUUGGUUUCAGCUCAAGACGAGGUAAAGAUCAAAGAUGAAUGA